AUGGCUCUGCCUCCCAAUGUCCGAAGGGGCCUGACAACUUUCAGUGGAUCGCUGUUCAUCAACAAUAAAACUAGGGAUUGCAGAGCUGCCCAGAUCUACCAUCCAGGGCAUGAGGUGCUGUCCAGCCUGCCCCUCCAGAUGAUGCUAUUCUUCAAUGUCUUCUACUUCCCAUUCUGGUGCCUGUCCGAGGGGAUAAUGCUGGCAUUAAAGUACAGCCUGCUGCCCUGUUACUAUCAGUUCCUCCUUGUUGCUGUCUUCCUGAUUCUCGCAUUAGCUGACGGGUUACGCUUGUAUCUUGGAUACAUUGGAAAUCUGCAAGAAAAGGUACCUGAACUCGCUGGAUUCCUGCUCCUAUCCUUCCUGAUACAGCUCCCCCUUCUGCUUUUCCUCCUCACGGAUGAGCACAUAAUUCGGCUGCCCCUGGAGACAGCUGUGCAUAUCAUUUACCUGGUGUUUCUUGCCUCAGAGAUCACAGCUGCCUUCUUUGGACUUAAAGUGAUGACAAGGCAGCUUGCUACACAGUUCUACCUGAAACAAUUUGAGGACGCAGGCAGACCGUGGCAAUCAGGGCAUAGCAUGAGCCAAGGCAGGGCAGCCCAUCCAGGCAGAAGCGGCCAGCUGGCCAACAGGAGAGAGAAGGGAGUUGAUACUACGUGAACGUGGUCCCUACGCAGGAAGCCGCAACACCAGAACAUCCUCCUGCACUAUGUGACCAUUGACUGGAAAUAUUUUUUUCUGGGAAUGCUUUAAAAUAAAUGUCUGAGAGAUACAGCUGGCCUAUAUGAAUGUAAACACACUCCAGCGAGAGACUGCUGAAUUGGAAUUAAUUUGCAAACUGGACACCAUUAAAUUAGGCUUGAAUAAAGACUGGGCGUGGAUGUGUCAUUACACAAAGUAAAACUAUUU